AGAACGUUUUAGAUCAAGGACCAAUCAUGGAGCUGGAGCCUGAAGAGGAACAGUCUUUUGUACAUCAGCAGGUCAUGCCAGACGGCGCUAUCAUGGAAGAAGGGCCAGCAUUGGACAUUAUAGGGCAGCAGAUGCCAUCUUCAAGUGAAUAUUUCCCAGAUGAAGAGGCUAUGCACAUGGAGCAUGGACAACUUCAAGAGUAUUUGCUGACGAAAGGAGCAGGAAGUGAGUUAAUCGGGGAGGAGGAGCAGUCUUCAAAGGGGCUCCCAGAAGUGGAAGACGGUCCUGAUGGAGCAGCUCAGAUUGGUGUGGCGCCUAAAAGAGAAAAACGGGCUUUUGUGAGGCAGGGAGUUCAACACCCUGAAGAAACAAGAUCAUCACCAAGUCAAGACAAGCAAGGGCGGAGCCAUUGUCCCGGUGUGAUCCUCGAGGGGAAAUGUUACCAGUUCUUCAAAGAGCCAAAGGCUGCUGCAGAUGCGGAGUUCUUCUGCCAGGAGCAUUUCGCUGGGGGACACCUGGCCUCCAUCACCAGCCAACACAUCCACAGAGAGGUGAUGGACAUGAUGCUGCGGCACAACGGAGCACUUACUCGCAGCUGGAUCGGAGGAUUACGAUAUUUAAAGACCGGUCGCUUCAUCUGGUUGGAUGGAUCACACUGGAGCUAUGCUGAUUGGCUUUCAGGGGAGCCCAAUAACACUGCCGAUGUUGAGGACUGUGUAGGGGUGCUGGCACGUGGAGAUGGAAAGUUCAAUGGCUUCGCAUGCUGGCAGCAUCAGGCUUUCGUCUGCUCCUAUACCCUCACCGCUGAAUGAACUGCUUCUUCGUCUGGUUUGAUGCAGAGUUUGUUACUUUUUUUUUCCUUUUAAAAUCCCAUCUUGAAAAGCAAAUGGACUGACGAAAAAAAGGCAAUGACUCAAACAUAAAGCAGUUUAU